AUGGCCUUGUCGCACGGGAUGCAGUGGGCAGAGUCUUGGUCUUGGUCCCCUCAGGAGCGUGCAGCAACCCCGAGCGCGACAGGACCCUGCCUCGCUCGCUUACGGGGGCUAGCCUGGCAGUGGGGCAUGGAAGCUGGAAGCCAUGCCUACUUUGACGCAAACAGCCCCUAUUACCCUCAGUACGGCCUCAGUACGGCCUCAGCACCGAGUAUCGCCUCACCCGCAGCACAAUCGGUCCUUUGGCGACCACUGAGAUCUGCGCUGUACGCCCGCACCAAUGGGCUCAUGUAAUCUUUAAACAUAGCCAUGCGAUAAGCGACCAGCCAUCAUGCACGAUACGUACGCUCCCGCACCUCAGCCACAGUGUACGUCUGCAUUCUUGGAAAAUUGCCAGCAAUCACCACCAGAAGCCGCCUUCAUGCUGUCCUGCUACCAGCCACCAAGGCACUGCUAAACCUCAUGCAAGCUCAACACCGCGCUCAAAGAAGACCUCGACAGCGACCGGACGUUGUGGGGUGGAGACGCCAUCGAUGGCGCUGACGGACCAUGUAUGUCGGAUACCGAGCACGAUGAGUUUUUCCCCCGAAGACGAGCCAUCGUUAGAGGGCGGCUCUUCCACGACAGGCACAGGCAUCGGCGACAUGCGAGGGACAUUAUCAGGGGCUGAGGCUUCUGUGACUGGUUCAGUUGCUGCAUCUUCCUCCCUCGAAUUGACCUUGGUCGGACGUGGACCAUCCGGCAUCUCCGCUGGUUUCUGCCUACGGGCUUCAACGCUUUCCUUUCGGCUCGUAUUGGCGUUUGUUUGCACG